AUCUCUACUAUUCGUUAUACGACGCCAAUUCGUAAAGUCCGCGGCUACCCAUCUUACCAUCACUUCGCCAAGAAAUUCUAUCGUGAAGUCUUCGAAAGAGAUGACAUAACCAUUCCACCAUUUGUAUAUUUCCACUGCUUCUCCAUGAAUGGAUGUUCCACCUUCACAGCUUUAUGGGAUCUAUUGGAUAAGCGAACCGGUGGCGCUGAAUUUAAGCAGCGCGUUCAAGGAUUGUUUCUAAGCAAAACCAAUGAAUCUCUUUCCAGUUCACCAGCCUUCACAACUGCUGCUCAGUCGGCCCAUGCAAUUUCUUUUGCUUCUUUGCCCCCAGCUCGGUGCCAUGCUGUAUUCAGAGAAAGUUAUAGAGCUCUACUUUAUGCCUACUUUUCCAUACAUAACGGGUUGAUAUGGGUUUUAUCACUUAUGGAAAAUGAUAUCUACGAGAAGUGUUACGCGUACUACCGUAUGCAGUCCAUGAAGGAUCUCCCGAAAAGACAGAUAUACUUUUACGGACCAUCUGAUGAUGUAAGUUUUCACUAGAG